AUGACUCAACUCCACCAAUACAACCCGAAGUCUCAACCACUUCGACACCUGAAUCUCUGGACCCGAAAACUGGAACAGAGAAGCUUUGCUUCCUCAAAUCAUGUGACUGGAAUUUCAGCGACGGCCCGUCGUCAAAAUUCUUCUGCAACCCCAUUACUCGAUUUAGCUCAAUUAUUUGAUAAAGCAACUGAUGCUGAACAUUACGCUAUGAAUGCUAACCAAGAAGAAACCUUAUGCUGGAUUAAUUAUGGGAAAGAAUUCAUAAUUCA